AUGCUAAGCAAAUAUUCAAUUAGAGCAUUAACUCUAUUACGUUUUCCCAGAUAUGAGUUUAGUUAAUAACAACAAAAACAAAGAGAGUAGUAGGACGAUUGGGAUGAGAGAACUAUCGAAGCAGAAGAGGCUAAUCCAACAUUGGAGAAUAAAGAGAAAGCAUUUUCAUACUUCAGAUUGUUUUCAAGGAUAUUUUGGUGGACAACAUCCGCUUUGUUUGGCUAUAAUUUGUAUCUAAAUAAUUAUAAAACCGAUCCAACAUAAGAAUUGGGCUAUUAAAAGUAGAUAAAUGACGCUGCCAAAUAUUGCUAAGAUCAAUAUUAAGCAUUUUAUGAUUUUAUGACUAAGCCAGCAAUUGAUAAAUUAUUGCCUGACAUCCCUGAAUUGCCAUUUGGAUACGAAAUACCAAAGACCUUGGUACUUAAUAUCUCAGGUACUUUAUUGCAUAUGGACUAUGUGUUUGGUGUUGGAGGAGAAAUCAAAAGAAGAAAUGGUUUGUAGAGGUUUCUUGAAAAAUUGCCUAAAAUGUACGAGGUUGUAAUUUUGAGUGAUGAUGAAACCAUGUUUACAUAACAAAUUACUCAAAAAUUGGAUCCCACAAGAUAGAUAUUUGCAGGUGCCUUUGGUAGAGAAUCAAUGGUGUUUGAGAAAGGAAGAUAUAUAAGAGAUUUGAAGUACAUCAAUCGUCCUCUGAACAGAGUUAUAGUACUUGAUUCUGAUCCAGAGAGGAUGUAUUAAUACCAAGACAAUGGUAUUUUCAUCAAGCCAUUUGAUGGGAAACAAAAUGAUGAAGUCUUAAAGGAUGUUCUUUUACUCUUGGAACACCUCUCCAAACCUCAAAUAAAGGAUGUUAGAGCAGAACUGAGGAAGUUUGGCAAUUUCGAUCCUCAAAUCAAAUAUUUAGAUGAAGUGAAAGCCAGGGAAAUUAAUAUCAAAUAAACUAUGAACAAAGGGUUCUUUAGUAUAAUGAAUUAAAGAAAGAAUCCUCAAUUUGACCAAUCUAGAAGACAAUGAAAUAAUUUAAUUAUCAUAUGUUUGUUAUUUCUAUGUAAUUAUGGUAUAUAAAUUAUUAUUAA